AGAUAAGUAUUGAGGACGCUGCUUAAAAAAUUGUCAUUCAGAAGGACAUUAUUCCUGCCUGAAUAAUCAAUCCUGUCUUCAAUUUAGUUAGUGAGCUGAUCGGAGAGAAAACUAAUUUGUGGGCUGCGGUGGAAUAAAUUUUCCAGAGGUUCAGGUUAAGGAGCAAUAUCAUGAAGAAAAUUGUGCCGUUAGGAUUCAUCGGCAUUUUUCUUGUCGUGGUCCAAUUGGGUCAAGGUUAUCUGGAGAAAAGACAAGGAGACAACCCAGACGAGGAGGCUGCCAAGAUAUUUCUUGAUGGAUAUAAUCAAGAAUACGCCAGGCUGGCUAAUUUAUACGUGAUCGCAGACUGGAACUAUAACACCAACUUGACCGAUGAGAAUGCUGAGGCUUCGAUCGAGGCCGGAUUCGUGUUAAGUCAAUACGAAGCCUUGGCAAACGAGGAGGCGGGAAAAUUUAACACGACCAACUUUUCACAAGAAACGAAACGGCAACUUUUCUACGUUGGGAGUAAAUCGCUUUCAGACGCGGAAAUGAAAAAUCUUAGUUCGCUGAUUUCAGAAAUGGGUUCAAUAUAUGGACAGGGCAAAGUUUGUCGCCCCAUCCCGAACGGGGAAGAAGAAUGUCUUUCUCUCGAACCAGAACUUACCAAUCUUAUGGCAGAGUCGAGAAAUGCGUCCGAAUUGCUCUGGGCGUGGGAGGGAUGGAGAAGGGAAGUCAGUAGGAAAAUCAAACCUUUGUAUUUACAGUAUGUCGAGCUAAAAAACAAGCUCGCAGUUCACAACGGAUACGCCGACUAUGGGGACCGGCUCCGUCAAAAGUAUGAAGAUCCUGAAUUCGAAUCUGACGUGGAUAACCUGUACACAGAAAUGCGACCUUUGUACCUCCACCUCCACGCGUACGUGCGAAGGAAGCUGUUUGACACGUAUGGAGGGGAAAUAAUUGACUUAAAAGGCACACUGCCCCAAUCUCUACUGGGGGAUAUGUGGGGUCGCUUUUGGGUCAAUCUUUACUCAAUUGGCGAACCAUUCCCAGGAGAGCCGAGUAUGGACGUUACGAAAGCUUUGGUAGAUCAAGGCUACACAAUUAACAGAAUGUUUGAAACGAGUGACGCCUUUUACACGAGCAUGGGCCUAAAACCUCUCCCGCCCACGUUCUACAACCUCUCAAUGCUUGAUAAGCCCAGCGAUGGUCGGGAAGUCAUUUGUCACGCGACGGCUUGGGAUUUUUACGAUGGGACCGACUUCCGGAUCAAAAUGUGUACCAAGGUCAACAUGGAGGACUUUCUGACAAUUCACCAUGAGCUGGGUCAUGUUCAAUAUUUCAUGCAGUACGCGAACCAGCCAACAGUUUACAGAGAAGGAGCCAACGACGGGUUUCACGAGGCCAUCGGAGAACUCAUGUCGAUGGUAGUUUCUACCCCAAAGCAUCUCUUUGCUAUUGGAUUGCUGGACCAACUACCAACUGAUAACAAAACGGAAAUCAAUUAUUUGUUUAAACAAGCCUUAUCAACCGUGUCCACCCUUCCCUUCCACUAUUUGCAAGACGUCUGGAGAUGGCGCGCAUUUCGCGGUGAUUAUCCCAACUUUGCUGAAUGGAAUGACGAGUUUUGGAAGUUGAGCGCAUCAAUUGUUGGCGUCCACGCGCCUGCCGCCCGCACCCCGGAGGAUCUCGACUGUCCCUCCAUCUUCCACGUGGCCACAGACUACGACAUGAUUCGAUACUUUACCCGAACAAUCCUCCAGUUUCAGUUUGCCGAAUCGCUCUGUGAAGCCGCCGGCCAUUCUGGUCCACUCACGAAUUGUGACUUUUCUAACUCGACAUUAGCAGGGGCUAAACUAUCGAAUAUGUUGGAAAUGGGACGAUCCAGACCGUGGGCAGAUGCACUCGAGGUUUUGACAGGGACAAGAAAAAUGAAUGCACGAGCGAUUCGAGAGUAUUUUGCGCCAUUGGAAAAUUGGCUCAUUGAGACAAAUCUCGCAAACGGGGACAGUCCAGGAUGGUCAACGAAACCACCUGGCGGCGGUGGUGUCGGAAGUCGGAUGUCGGAUCGAAGAAUUAUUUACUUCAUGACAUUUAUUCCUUACGUGUUCGUUGCCUUUAUGAGAUAAAGUGAUAUGCAUAAAUACUAGUUUCAUUGUAUAGACACUAAAUCGGCUUUGUUUGGAAAUAAAUAUUUAACAACUGUAAAUACACCAGUUACUAACGAAA